CGUAAGCGCCACAGCUUUCCAUGCCAGUCUAGCACAGCCCUAUGAGAAAGCGAGUGUGCCUGUGUAAACUUGUGCGGCAAGGUUGCUACCCAAACCGAAGGAAGCUUACCGGACGAUGGCAUGCCAGGCUACAGCGGCUGUCAUAGUAGAGGACAUUACCCUGUGAACUAAAGGAAUUCGCCGUAUCAUAUAGGCAUGCUGUUGUAAUCGACCAUUUGAAAAAAAAACAGACGGUCAAACGAAGUUGCGCACACUGAAUGUUCAUCAUAGAUUCAUUAUUGUGUCCGUAGCGAAACGUUGCAUCGGCUUUUUGGGAUCUUUAGGCUAUGAAUGAGGCGACAUUGGGUAUCCGAAAAUUUAUAGGAAUUGGGAGUGAAUGGGACUAGGCUACAAGCUCUAAAUUAAUUGAGCAUCAUUGAGGAACGCGGUGUCAGACUUUAUCGUAGCAGCCUACUCGGAGCAUUUUCCGUGGAUGUAAGUAGCUACAAUACUCCAUCGCCUAAAGGAAGAGAAGACCAUCACUGGUUGUGUGAUCAGAAUAAAAACAUCAGGAGCUUCCAUUGAAACCGAAAGAAACAUGUGAAGACCCUGGUGAAGAUAAAAGCGUGAACCUUUGAGAACACAAAGAGGAAGGUAGCCUCCCUCCCACUCCUCCUCCAUCCUACCCCUGUUCAGUCUGCUGUUGCCUUGUUGCAGAGCCCCUAGAGGUAUGGAGGGCCGGCGGUCGCGGCGGGUCACACAAUACAGCGGCAGGACAUUCCCAGCGGGCCCUAGAGGGGGCGCUGUGCUGGCCAUGCUGGGCUGCUGGGUGUUAGCUGUCGCUGCCACCGUGUGCCAAGGCCAGACCACCUUCACCAGCUUCCACCCAGAGCGCCGGGAGUGGGCCUUCAACCAUCUGACGGUCCACCAGACAACGGGGGCGCUCUACAUCGGAGCAGUCAACCGUGUCUACAAGCUAUCAGGCAACCUGACCCUGAUGGUGUCCCACGACACAGGCCCCGAGGAUGAUAACAAGGCCUGCUACCCACCCCUCAUCGUCCAGCCCUGCUCUGAACCCCUGACCUCCACUAACAACGUCAACAAGCUGCUCCUCAUAGACUACAGCCAGAACCGCCUGUUGGCCUGCGGUAGCCUCUACCAGGGAGUCUGUAAACUCCUUCGUCUGGACGACCUGUUUAUCCUAGUGGAGCCAUCCCAUAAGAAAGAGCACUACCUCUCCAGCGUCAACCAGACAGGCACCAUGUACGGGGUCAUCGUGCCCUCCCAUGGCCAGGACGGGACUCUCUUCAUCGGGACGGCAGUAGACGGCAAGCAGGACUACUUCCCUACCAUUUCUAGCCGUAAGCUGCCACGCGACCCAGAGUCCUCAGCCAUGCUAGACUACGAGCUCCACACUGACUUCGUUUCAUCUCUGAUAAAGAUCCCGUCAGACACGCUGGCGCUGGUGUACCACUUCGACAUCUACUAUGUGUACGGCUUCGCCAGCGGAUCCUUCGUCUAUUUCCUGACCGUCCAGCCCGAGACACCGGAGAACAGCAUGUCAUCAGGUGGAUCCUCCAACGAUCUAUUCUACACCUCGCGCAUCGUACGCCUCUGCAAGGACGACCACAAGUUCCACUCGUACGUCUCCUUACCCGUGGGCUGCGUGAGGAACGGCGUGGAGUACCGUCUCCUGCAGGCCGCCUACCUAGCCAAGCCGGGCCGCGUGCUGGCCGCCUCGCUGAACAUCAGUGCUACGGACGACGUGCUCUUCACCGUGUUCUCCAAGGGCCAGAAGCAGUACCACCAGCCGCCAGAUGACUCGGCGCUCUGCGUGUUCACCAUCAAGGACAUCAACGCCCGCAUCAAGGAGCGCCUGCAGUCCUGCUACCAGGGAGAGGGCAACCUGGAGCUCAACUGGCUUCUGGGGAAAGACGUGCAGUGCACUAAAGCGCCGGUGCCCAUCGAUGACUCGUUCUGUGGUCUGGACAUCAACCAGCCCCUUGGUGGCUCUCAGCUGGUGACGGGACACACCCUCUACACGGAGACACGGGACCGCAUGACCUCCGUCACCUCCUACGUCUACAACGGAUACUGUGUGGCCUUCGUCGGUACCAAGAGCGGACGCCUCAAAAAGAUCCGUGUGGACGGUCCUCCUCACGGUGGGGUGCAGUAUGAGACGAUGUUGGUCAUCAAGGACGGCAGCCCCAUCCUCAGAGACAUGGCCUUCUCUCUGGACCACAACUACCUCUACGUCAUGUCAGAGAGACAGGUGAUGCAGAUCCCUAUAGAGUCAUGUGAUCAGUACGGGACGUGUGGAGAGUGCCUGAGCUCCGGUGACCCCCACUGCGGCUGGUGUGUCCUACACAACAUGUGUUCUCAGAAGGAUCAUUGUGAGCGUGCUGAUGAGCCGUACCGUUUUGCGGCUGUUCUCUCCCAGUGUGUGAAGGCCACCGUGUACCCAGACAGCAUCGCAGUUUCAGAGCCCAGCGUGCCGUUGCUUGUGAAGGUGUCUGAUGUCCCCGACCUCUCGGCUGGGAUCACCUGUUCCUUUGGCAACCUGACAGAGGUAGAGGGACAGGUCAGCGGUAACCAGAUCCUCUGUGUGUCCCCCACUGCUAAGGAUGUUCCUCUCAUCCCCACCGACCAAGACUGGUCAGGUGUAGAGUUAAGGCUGAACUCUAAGGAGACUGGUCAGAUGGUCAUCAGCACAGAGGUUAAGUUCUACAACUGCAGUGUCCACCAACUGUGUCUGUCCUGUGUGAACAGUGCCUUCCGCUGCCAUUGGUGCAAGUACCGUAACCUGUGUACCCACGACCCUUCCAGCUGCUCCUUCCAAGAGGGACGCGUCAACGCCUCCGAGGACUGUCCUCAGCUGGUACGUUCGGAGGAGAUUCUGAUCCCGGCUGGGGAGGUGAAGCCCAUCACCCUGAAGGCCCGGAACCUCCCCCAGCCCCAGUCAGGCCAGCGGGGGUACGAGUGUGUCCUCCACAUCCAGGGGGUCAGCCACCGAGUCACCGCCCUGCGCUUCAACAGCUCCUCUGUACAGUGUCAGAACAGCUCGUAUCUUUAUGAAGGGAUGAAGAUCAGUGAGUUGCCAGUGGAUUUCUCAGUGGUCUGGAAUGGCAACUUCAUUAUAGACAACCCAGAUAAUAUACAAGUGCACCUGUAUAAAUGUGCGGCCCAGAGGGAUAGCUGUGGCAUGUGUUUGAAAGCCCAGAGGAAGUUCCAGUGUGGCUGGUGUAGUGGAGAGGGCCGUUGUACCCUGCGCCACCACUGCCCGCCGCUCAACCCCCGCUGGCUAGACCUCUCCAGCAAGAACGUCAAGUGUACCAACCCCCGCAUCACAGAGGUGACCCCAGUAGCUGGCCCUCCAGAGGGGGGUACCAGGGUGACCAUCCAUGGCAUGAACCUGGGCCUGGCGUUCAGUGAGAUGGUGGACAAUGUUAAAGUGGCUGGAGUCAAAUGUUCCCCUGUGGAGGAAGGCUACAUCAUUGCAGAACAGAUAGUCUGUGAGAUGGAUGCUGCCCCAGCAGACAGCAAGCCUGGCCCGGUCCAACUGUGUGUUGGGGAGUGCAGACCUGAUCUCAAGACUCACUCUGCCCAACUCUACGCCUUUGUGAUGCCAUCGGUGCAGGGCCUUUCCCCCAGCAGAGGGCCUGAGUCUGGGGGCACCAAGGUGACCAUCAUGGGGGAGAACCUGGGUGCUGGCAGCAGUGUCACCGUCCUCUUUGGGAACCAGACCUGCGAAUUCUACGGGCGGACCAUGACAGAGAUUGUGUGUUACUCGGCUCCCUCCCUGACUGGGGUGGGUUCGGUGCAGAUCAGUGUGAGUGUGGACCGGGCCCAGGUCAAGGAGAGCCUGAGUUUUGACUACAUCGAGGACCCCACCGUACAGCGCAUCGAGCCAGAGUGGAGCAUCGCCAGCGGCCACACUCCUCUGAUGGUGACAGGAACUAAUCUGGAUGUUGUGCAGGAGCCCAGGAUGCGCGUCAAAUACGGCGGCCGCGAGUCUGUCAACGUGUGUAAGGUUCUGAACACCACCAGUAUGAGUUGCUUUGCCCCGUCCCUGGUGGCAGAGUACCGUCCAGGUCUGGACACGGCCAAACACGCUGAUGAGUUUGGGUUCAUCUUCAACAACGUCCAGACUCUGCUGGUGUAUAACAACACCGCCUUCCUCUACUACCCCAACCCAUACUUUGAACCUCUCAGCACCAAUGGAGUCCUGGAACAGAAGCCUGGAUCGCCCAUCAUUCUCAAGGGCAGAAACCUGGUGCCCCAUGCCUCAGGGGGGGUGAAGCUCAACUACACUGUGUUGAUCGGGGUGACCCCCUGCUCUGUCACUGUGUCUGAGACCCAGCUGCUGUGUGAGCCCCCUAACCUUACGGGCCAGUACAAAGUCAUGGUCCAGGUGGGCGGUCUCCACGUGUCUCCGGGGUCAGUACACAUCCUGUCAGACAGCCUGCUCACACUCCCCGCCAUCGUCAGUAUCGCCGCCGGCGGAGGCCUCCUCCUCAUCAUCGUCAUCCUCGUCCUCAUCGCAUACAAACGCAAGUCGCGGGAGAAUGACCUCACCCUGAAGCGCCUGCAGAUGCAGAUGGACAACCUGGAGUCCCGGGUCGCCCUGGAGUGCAAGGAAGCCUUUGCUGAGCUGCAGACGGACAUCAAUGAGCUGACCAGUGAUCUGGACAGAGCUGGUAUCCCUCACCUGGACUACAGGACCUACGCCAUGAGAGUCCUCUUCCCUGGCAUAGAGGACCACCCUGUUCUCAGAGAACUGGAGGUGUCAGGUAACGGUCAGCUGAACACAGAGAAGGCUCUGAAGCUCUUCGCUCAGCUCAUCAACAACAAGGUGUUCCUGCUAACCUUCAUCAGAACUCUGGAGCUCCAGCGCUCCUUCUCCAUGCGUGACCGCGGCAACGUGGCAUCGCUCAUCAUGACCGCGCUGCAGGGCAAACUGGAGUACGCCACCGACGUGCUCAAACACCUGCUCUCCGACCUCAUCGAUAAGAACUUGGAGAGCAAGAACCACCCCAAGCUGCUGCUUCGCCGAACGGAGUCUGUUGCAGAGAAGAUGCUCACCAACUGGUUCGCCUUCCUUCUUCACAGGUUCCUCAAGGAGUGUGCUGGGGAGCCUCUGUUCAUGCUGUACUGUGCCAUCAAGCAGCAGAUGGAGAAGGGGCCUAUAGACUGCAUCACUGGAGAGGCGCGCUACUCCCUUAGUGAAGACAAGCUCAUCAGACAGCAGAUCGAGUACAAAACCCUGAUCCUGAACUGUGUGAACCCAGACAAUGAGAACAGUCCUGAGAUCCCAGUGAAGGUGUUAAACUGUGACACCAUCACCCAGGUCAAGGAGAAGAUACUGGACGCCUGCUAUAAGAACAUGCCCUACUCACAGAGGCCCCGUGCUGUCGACAUGGACCUGGAAUGGCGUCAGGGGCGAAUGGCUCGCGUGGUGCUGCAGGACGAGGACAUCACCACCAAGAUAGAGAAUGACUGGAAGAGACUGAACACACUCAUGCACUACCAGGUGUCUGACCGCUGUGUGGUGGCUCUGGUGCCCAAACAGACGUCUUCCUACAACAUCCCCCCAUCAGCCAGCAUCUCCCGGACCUCCAUCAGCAGAUAUGAUUCGUCCUUCCGGUACACAGGUAGUCCAGACAGUCUGCGAUCCCGUGCCCCUAUGAUAACCCCUGACCUUGAGAGUGGGGUCAAAGUGUGGCACCUGGUCAAGAACCACGAGCAUGGAGACCAGAAGGAGGGAGACCGUGGCAGCAAGAUGGUCUCCGAGAUAUACCUGACCAGGCUGCUGGCCACCAAGGGUACACUGCAGAAGUUUGUGGAUGACCUGUUUGAGACGUUGUUCAGUACCGUCCACCGGGGUAGCGCCCUGCCCCUCGCCAUCAAAUACAUGUUUGACUUCCUGGACGAGCAGGCGGACAAACACGGCAUCCACGACCAAGAUGUCCGCCACACAUGGAAGAGCAACUGCCUCCCGCUGCGGUUCUGGGUGAACGUGAUCAAGAACCCCCAGUUUGUGUUUGACAUCCAUAAGAGCAGCAUCACAGACGCCUGUCUGUCUGUGGUGGCCCAGACCUUCAUGGACUCCUGCUCUACAUCAGAGCACCGCCUGGGCAAGGACUCCCCCUCCAACAAGCUGCUCUACGCUAAAGACAUCCCCAACUACAAGAGCUGGGUAGAAAGGUACUACGCGGACAUUAACCGUCUGCCAGCCAUCAGUGACCAGGACAUGAAUGCCUAUCUGGCAGAGCAGGCCAGGCUCCACUCCACAGAAUUUAACAUGCUCAGUGCUCUCAACGAGAUCUACUCCUAUGUCUCCAAAUACAGCGAGGAGAUCACCAUGGCCCUAGAGCAGGACGAGCAGGCUAAGAAACAGCGUCUGGCCUACAAGGUGGAGCAGCUCAUCUCAGCCAUGUCCCUGGAGAGCUGAGACAGACCACGGGAUUGGACGACUGGACCGGCCCGGGAUGUCUAUCAGCCACAGCCACCCAACCAACAGUCCCGAUACUCACCGUGGGGGGGACAACCAACCACCACUGACCUGGGACCUUUUAAAUCCAGAAAUAAAGAGUUUUGUUAUUUUAAUCAAAUUUUCCUCCUAUGCCAUACUGCCACCAACUCACUAAAAGACUCCAUAGGCUCUGGAGACAUGGGUGGGGAUGAUGAUAAAAGGUGGGACGACCACAGACCUCCAUAAAGGCCACAUGGCAUCUUUCUUUCCAGCUUAUAUUAUUUUGGGUUUGACGGGCAGUGUUGUGUGUAUAGCCCUGAAGGAGAGAGAUGUUGAGAGAAGGAACGAACAGAGGGGAGAUGUUAUAGUCUGCUGAAAAUUCAUAUUAGAGACAGUGAAAGAAAAAGCGAUAGCUAGAGCGAUAAAGACUUCUCAUGAUGGAUUCCAGAGAUAUUGUUGUUGAGUUUUGCUUCCAAAUAUAUAUGCUUUAUUUUUGUAUGUGUACAUUUUGAUCUUAUCAGUUGCAGUGGAAACAUCUUCCUCUUGUUACAUAUAUGGACAUUGUUGUACUGUACAAAGGCAUAGGUUGUAUUAUAACAGGUCUUAUAGGGUGCCGUGGCCAUCAGAAAGACAUGGUUCUAUGUCAUGUCUUCUCCUGCUCUCUGUUCUCCUCAGACAGUAUUACCAUUAAUUAUCGACAUGAUACUCCAGACAAAGUGGACAGAACCCAGCUCUGACUGUAACCCAUCAGCCCACGAACCCACGAAACGCAUCCUCAUCGUACGAGAGCGAACGGACCUCAGAACGGACCUCCUCUGAAGGGGUCAAAGUUCAACCAGCAUGCUUAUCGACCCCAAACCCAUGUACCCUGUGUGAUAAGAGGAGAUCCACAGGUCCACAGAGGGUUUAGGUUAUAAGGACAACAACAACCAGCACCAUACUGGUUUCUGUAAGACUCUCCUCUGCAGUAACGCCAUCUGUAUGUACUGUGAAUAUACAAAUGCUGAUGGUUGUUUUUCUUUUUCAUUUGAGUUUGUUUUUUAAACAAAAAGAAGUUAGUUGAACUGAACUUUAAUGGCAAGAUAGAUGACCAACUGAACAUCCAUCCAAGUCCCUUUACCCCUCUCACCAUUAUUUACCCUGCUACCAAAUCCUCUAUCUCUACCAUAAGAGGGUGUGUGCUAUACAGUCUGUAUUGUAGCCGUAGUUGCCGUGGCUACGCUGCUCUUAACGUACAAAUACCAUAAUAUACUGGAGACUAGAUUCUAGAGACCUGCUAAGCUGGGGACUGAGGCUGGCGGCAGUAGUGAAAACACUCCAUUAUAUAACCGAUGUUUGUAUCACUUUUGGGGAUCUGAUCAAAUGUGUGUGUAAAACUUGCAUGCAUCGUAUCACAUGUCAGAAGAAGUGUUUUCAAGGUCCA